AUGAGAUUGGCUCACACGAACACCGUGCUUGCUGAAAUGCGAGAGCAAUUGAGGAUAUUGGUGGCGCUAAAUGUUCAAAAGACUAGAGUUCUUGGACCGGAAGGAAAGAAGAAUCAUUCGGUGUCGGUGAAAACUCUGUUAGUGGAGAAAUUAGCUCCGGCAGUUGUUCGAGUUCAACCAGAAACUAUCAAAGAAAAGGCUAGCAGACCGCCACUUGAUACAUAUCCAAAAAUUGAGCUACCGGCAUUCAAAGGUGCACACCCUAGAGAAUUGCUACGCAAAUGUGAUAAAUUCUUCUUGCUUUACCAAGUUCUUGAUGAUCAGAAAGUGGAUUAUGUGGAAUUAUACCUUGAAGAGGAGGCAGAUUCUUGGUUAUCAGAAAGUGACUUUGUUCAUAGCUUUUUGAGUGGUUUGAAGAAGGAGAUCAAGACAACAGUCAAAAUGUUUGAGCCAACAAUUUUGGUGACUAUUUUCAAAUUGGCAAGGCUAAAAACACUUGGAAACCACGUUAAGGAAGAAGAAGACCCCCAAUUUCCAGUUACUGAAGAAGAUGAAACAGAUAAAGGUGUAGAAUUGGAUGUUCCUAAACUAUUAAUUGAUGAUGGCAUUGAUUUGAAUGAUUUACCUAUUGAAGAAGGAUCUUUACAUGUGCUAUAUGUGGAUAAUGUUGAGCAAACUAUUUUCUUGUUGGGAAAGAGUGAAAGUGACGUGAAUAUCCUUAGGCCAUUAGGGAUUAUUCCAAGUCAUGAUGAUCACUACAUUAUUAUGGUUAUACAUGACUUGAAUAUCUUCAAAAUGGUUCAUUUGGCAAUUUUCGAUAUCAAAGAUGAUGGAAGAUUGAAACCAAAGUUAGCCGUGCCUAAAUCAAGUCGACGGAACUACGCGAUCACAAUGCUAAAAUCAUUGAUCAUGGAUAUUGGAGCUCAAGAAGAAUCGCAAAAGGCGGAAAAAAUUCCUUGGAUAAUUUAUUUAACCUUGGAAAGUGUUGAAGUUCAUCCAUGCGUCGGAAAACUCGUCGAGCGGCAAGGAAAGUCGACAACAAACAAAAGGAUUCCGUCAAGCUUUGCGUCAGCCAGCAACCAAGUCCAUAGUGGGUCAUCGAGCUUUGCAUCGGCCAGCAACCAAGUCGACAAGGGGUCGUCGAGCUUUAUGUAG